GCACAGCCAAUGUUGCCUUGCCAUUUCCUGUCAGAAAAGUGGAGAAAAGACCUUUUGCCUUUGCUGCUUAGAUGUGAAGGAGCUUGUACCCCUCUGCUCAUGGAUGAAGUACUGUUAAAUUGUUGUCUGUGACCAUCUUGCUCUUAAAGCAGAGCUGCAAGAGGUCACAGGAGUAAGAAUUAAUUUCAAAGGUAACAACAAGUGGCUAGGAACAUCCUUCCCCUCAUUAUUUUAGCUUUUGUUUCUUUCUUGCAGGGGCUUUCCCCAGAAAUCAGGAUUCUUAGGCAGAGCCAGCUUCAGCAAGGGCCACCCACCCUGUGCAUGGAGCACUGGAUGGCCACAGAGGCAGUGAUUCAGAUGGAGCUACCCUGUCCCUGGGGUCACGCACCAAGGGAUGCUGCACUGGGCAGAGCCCAGCAGUUUGCAACAGCUGGGGCAGUACAGACAGGGCACUUUGUAGGUCUACAAAAGCAAGGUGGUUGAGGCAUAAAAAAGACUUUAAAACAUGUUGUGCCAGUGCCUGCCCUAUCUGCAGUUAAUAAAUCACUAAUCCAAAUAGACAACACAAUAACUCCUUGGAGCAGAAAGGUAACCAAGAUCCCAGGGGAGAAAUCAUCACCCAGGAGAGUGCUUGCUGCAACACUGGCAGCAGCUGAGCCAGACAGGCUGUGUGCUGAAGCAGGGAGGUGAGAAAGAGAGAGGAACUUUUAGAAGAGGAAAGCUCAGCCCUGGCCUGCCAGAAGUGAAGAAUGCCCUCAAAGUUGCUUCUGUCUCAGGUGAAACACAGCUGGGCACAGCUGGAGGAGAUGCCACAGGAUUUCCUGGCCACAGGAGAGGAUGUCUUUUGCUGUGCAGGGGCUAGCCCUGACUAGAGACACAGCUCUUGGUGCUGAGCCUGUUCAUCUGCUGCCCGGGGAGGGGAGCAGGCAAUAGCACACAGCGGGUGACAGAGGUGACAGGCAGAGGAAUCUGGCUCUGGGUUUGCUAUGUGAGACGGGAGAAGGUUGAAAUCUCUGCAUUAAACCAGACAUACUACAAAAGCACUGGUGGUGUCCAGGGUGAGGGUGGCCUGGUUCAUUGGUUACCAGCGUCUCCUGUGCCUGAGCUGCCCCCACACCAAGCCAGUGUGGCUGGUACCACUGUCCUGCUAGGAGGAUGGGUUCUACUGGGGUAGGGCCAGGUGAGUCGGUGGCUUGUCUCAGCAUUCCAGGGAUGCACAGUGCCAUGGAGAGCCAGGCAGGGCAGAAGCAGAGCAAUCACAGUUCCUAGGAGCUGUAGGCAGGGUGGUUUGGCUGUCACUCAGGGCUGCCCCUGGAUGUGGCACAUCCCUGCAGCUGCACCCCAGCAGUCCGUACCCACCCUGUGCCCCAGCUCGCUGGCAGGGCAGAGGUGCUGCCUGGGAUUCCCCGGGUGGGCAGAGUCACUUGUUUACUCCCUAUCACUCAAGCAGUGAGAUAAUGUUGGUGUUAUCUAUGCCCCAGGCAUCCUGUUUGGCAAACCCUUAUCUGUGCCGUGCACAUGUGGCUGCUGCCAGGUGCCAGGGAGCUGGCAGGCAGCACCGGCAGGGGUACCUGUGUGGCAGUGAUGCCCAGUGAAAAGGCUCUCCAGCACCAGCUUCGCAGUGAAAGGCAGGAGGCAGAGAACUGUCCUACAGCUGAGGUCAAAGAAACAUCUCUGAGAGGGUCUGGAUAGGGUGGGCAGGAGCGAUUUGCCCAAAAUUAUCCCUAUAUUCCACAGCCAGGGCUGUCCCAGUGCCUCAAGGUCCCUGUGGGUGGGGGGUACACGGUACCUGCCCCUGGACUUCUGGUCGUGGCUAAUCCUGGCAAUCAUCUCAGCCCCUCCAAGCCAGGGUAGCACCUUUAAUGCGUCUCCCCGUGUCCAAACGCUUUGAAAUUGUGAGAAAGAUUUUAUCAGAUGCUGCUUGAGGCGGGGCAGCAGCCGAUAAAAGUGUGGAGGAGGAGGCUCCGGCUGCUGGAGCUGUGCUCUGGCAGGCUUGCCCAAGGGCACCCUGCAGCUCAGAGAUACCCUUUGGGUCAAGCACUUCCUGGGGGCCUGUGGCGGAAGGGAAUCUCCUGCCCGCGCUCGGGAGAUGCCUCUAAAGCGUCAGGCAGAGCCGCCCGUGUCCCCAGGGAGGAACGGAGGGAUGGCAGCAGCGGGGCUGCACCCAGGCGUGUGUGUCCUCGCCGGUAGCAGCCCACAGCCCUUGCGGGCGGGAUCGGGUACCUCCAGUGGGCUGCUGAGCGCUCCCCGGGGCGAGCGGGGCUCCCAGGAAGGUGCCGCCGUAUCGCGGGCAGCAGCCGAGCCGGCCGGGCAGUGCCGGGUGACUCGGUUCCUCUGCGGUUUGUGGAGACAUUGCACAAGGAGGGGAACAGGUUGUGCCAGCCUGGGGCGGGAGCCUCUGCCCUAAACAACGCGCGGCCGUGCCCUUUCCCCAGGGGCAGAGCCUGCGGCACGGCGCUACGGCACUGAGAGCAUCGCCCCGACUGGUGCUCAGCACUGGGGCACAGCAAAGGAGGCACUUCUCCAUUCCUGUGCCUGGGUCCAGAGGGACAGGGCGGAGGUGACACAGGAAAGUGUCUUUGUAUCUGCUCCCUUGAGCCCAUGCUGAGCAAAGCUGGCAGCUUGCCUUGUGUCCUCAGAGGGAUGGCUGGGGGAUAGGAUGCACCAUCCUGACACCUGAGAAAUCCCCACAGUGCUCAGGCCCUUCCUUGGUGAGAAGAGCAGCAGGAAUCCAGCAUGAGGAUGCCCUGCAGCAUCCUGAAUCCCUUUCAGGAAGCCAACCUUGGAAAUAACCUGAGAUGUGAAAGGGCUCCUUGUGAUUAACCACCUCCCAGCAGAACUGAUUCGGGUCUUCUCUCCCUCCUAUCAUGUGUAUCUUUUUCUACUACUUGCAAAGCCAGCCUCCAACAUGCCAAGUAUCCAUCCUGCCAUGUAGGACAGGCAUGGGGCACCUGCCUUCACACAGAGCUCGAACUUGGUCACGUACUGUCUUUGCAGCGCAACAGCCUCUGCAUCUCAGACACCUUGAUUCCAUUUUUAAAGCAAUACCGACAACUAUUUGUAGUUACAAAAAUAAAGGUGGGAGUAUUUUUUUUCUGCCGCUCUGCCCUACCAUGUCGGGUUCGAGCAGAAGUGAAACUGGCAGGGGCACACCCUGCUCUGCCCUGGGACUGUGUACCCAUGAACAUCCCUCUGAGUCCCAGAAGUUCUCAUCAGUAGGAGAGGCAGCUCCUGCCCUGCCCAGGUGACCCUCAGCACUUGGCACUGGUCUCCUCACCAGCAGCUGCCCCUUGCCUCUCUGCCUGCCUGGCUGCUCCUUCCCUUCCCAUAACUGACUACUCUUGGCAGAGGAGCUGCUAGGAAGCAAGUGUUCCUGAAUUACUGGACGUACAGAUUCAUCAAUUCCAUAAAAAGAGACAACUGCAUUAAAACAUUUUUCAAGGAAGAUAUCCAGAGACAGGAAACAAGGUUCAUUUAUACUGGCCAAUGAUAAAGUAAUUGUAGUGGGUUAUGGCUCUUGUGGAAUGGGUUCCUCCUUUUGUCUAGAAUGUCCUGUGGAGCAGCAUCAAUUUCUUUGGAACUGGAAAAUACAUGUGACCUGCAUGGCUCUUGUUUGGCUUUAGCUGUGAGCAGAGGCACUGCUGUGGGACUGCAAUCUGCUGGGAGGACACGGACUCUGGGCUCUCCUGGCACCUACCUGGGCAUCGCUGCCAUCACAUGGGGCAUGGUGCUGUGGGUGGAGGUGGGUGCCUGGACUUACCACUACAGUGACCAAGGGGACUACACGUGGGAGCAGGCCAGGAAUUUCUGCCAGACCUUCUUUACCGACCUGGUGGCAAUCCAGAACCAGAAGGAGAUCGAGUACCUCAACAAGAGCCUGCCCUACCACGGGCGCUACUACUGGAUUGGCAUCCGCAAGCUGGGCGGCAUCUGGACCUGGGUGGGCACGGGGAAGGUGCUGUCCAAGGAGGCAGAGAACUGGGCAGUGGGGGAGCCCAACAACCGCCGCUCCAACCAGGACUGUGUGGAGAUCUACAUCCAGCGGCCGCAGCAGUCCGGCAAGUGGAAUGACGAACCCUGCAACCGGAAGAAGAAGGCGCUGUGCUACCGGGCCUCCUGCCAGCCCUUCCCGUGCAGCCAGCAUGGCGAGUGCGUGGAGACCAUUGGGAGCUACCACUGCGAGUGCUACCCCGGCUUCCAUGGCCCUGAGUGCACGGAUGUUGUGCAGUGUGCCAAGCUGGAGCCCAAGGGAGUGGCCAUGAACUGCAGCCAUCCCUACGGAGACUUCAGCUACAACUCCACCUGUGAGUUCGGGUGCCACGAGGGGUUUGAGCGGCGAGGGGUGGGCGUGCUGCGAUGCCUGCCUUCCCAGGAAUGGUCAGCAAACAUCCCCACCUGCACAGCCGUCACCUGCCCGGUGCUCAGAGCUCCAGACCAGGGAGAGCUGAACUGCUCCCACCUCCAUGGGGACUUCACCUUUGGCUCCACGUGUGCCUUCUCCUGCCAGAAGGGGUUUGUGCUGAUGGGGCCGGAGAGCCGUGAGUGCACAGCCACGGGGACAUGGACAGGGGAUGCCCCACGCUGUGAAGCUAUUGCCUGUCCAGUGCUCAGUGCUCCAGAAAAAGGAGAGAUGAACUGCUCCCACCUCCACGGCAACUUCACCUUUGGCUCCACGUGUGCCUUCUCCUGCCAGAAGGGGUUUGUGCUGAUGGGGCUGGAGAGCCGUGAGUGCACAGCCACAGGGAUCUGGACAGGGGAUGCCCCACGCUGUGAAGCCAUCACCUGUCCAGUGCUAAGUGCACCUGACCAGGGAGAGAUGCACUGCUCUCACCUCCAUGGCAACUUCACCUAUGGAUCCAUGUGUGCCUUCUCCUGCCAGACAGGAUUUGCCUUGGUGGGGCUGCAGAGCUUUGAGUGCACAGCCUUGGGGACCUGGACUGGGGACACACCACACUGUGAAGCCAUUGCCUGUCCAGUGCUCAGAGCACCAGACCAGGGAGAGCUGAACUGCUCCCCCCUCCAUGGGGACUUCACCUUUGGCUCCACAUGUGCCUUCUCCUGCCAGAAGGGGGUUGUGCUGAUGGGGCCGGAGAGCCGUGAGUGCACAGCCACGGGGACAUGGACAGGGGAUGCCCCACGCUGUGAAGCCAUUGCCUGUCCAGUGCUCAGUGCUCCAGAAAAAGGAGAGAUGAACUGCUCCCACCUCCACGGCAACUUCACCUUUGGCUCCAUGUGUGUCUUCUCCUGCCAGAAGGGGUUUGUGCUGAUGGGGCUGGAGAGCCGUGAGUGCACAGCCACAGGGAUCUGGACAGGGGAUGCCCCACGCUGUGAAGCCAUCACCUGUCCAGUGCUAAGUGCACCUGACCAGGGAGAGAUGCACUGCUCUCACCUCCAUGGCAACUUCACCUAUGGAUCCAUGUGUGCCUUCUCCUGCCAGACAGGAUUUGCCUUGGUGGGGCUGCAGAGCUUUGAGUGCACAGCCUUGGGGACCUGGACUGGGGACACACCACACUGUGAAGCCAUUGCCUGUCCAGUGCUCAGAGCUCCAGACCAGGGAGAGCUGAACUGCUCCCACCUCCAUGGGGACUUCACCUUUGGCUCCACGUGUGCCUUCUCCUGCCAGAAGGGGUUUGUGCUGAUGGGGUCAGACAGUCACAAGUGCACAGCCACAGGGAUCUGGACAGGGGAUGCCCCACGCUGUGAAGCCGUCAAAUGCUCAGCACUGACUGCCCCCAAGAUGGGCCAGGCUGCCUGCUUCCAUCUCCAUGGGGACUUCACCUUUGGCUCCACGUGUGCCUUCUCCUGCCAGAAGGGGUUUGUGCUGAUGGGGCCAGAGAGCCGUGAGUGCACAGCCCUGGGGACCUGGACUGGGGACCCCACAUAUUGCAAAGCCAUCAGCUGCCCAGUGCUGUCCCCCCCCAGCAGAGGACAGCUGAGCUGCUCUCAUGUGCACGGGAAUUUCACCUACAACUCCACGUGCACCUUUUCCUGCGAGGAGGGGUUUGUUCGGAUGGGAGCAGAGAUGCUCCGCUGUGAGGCCAUGGGGAACUGGACCAGGGAUCCCCCUGUCUGUGCAGAGGACAGUGCCUUCCUAAAGCAAGUCCUGGCUUACAGCAGUGGCACAGCCCUGGCAGUAGCUGGUCUUGUGCUCUCUGGGGGGCUCAUUGCCCUUCUUGCGAAGAGGCUCAGUGACAGAGAGGAGAAGAAGAAGCUCCUGAAACCCACAAGUGACCUGGGAGCACCAGGAACCUUCACCAAUGCAGCAUACGAUGCCAACCUGUGAGGUGAGGGUGGCAAGAGCCUCGCAGCACCCUGUUCAAAACUCAUCUGGGUGGCCAUCUUCCUGGCUGGGGUGCUCCUGGGUGGGGACACCCCUUGGGACUGAAGUGGGUGACACCAGCUCCAUCUCUCCAGUGCUUCCAGCCUGCCUGAGACUGAAACCCACCGUGUCCCCCAAGGCUGCAGGCCCAGCAGGAGCUGCUGCAGGAGCACAGAGGGACUCCAUGCCUGUGGUUGUAGCCUGGACCAGAGCUGCCCCUGGACACUGCCACCAUGCUGCGUGUGCAGCAUUCCCCUGGGAAGGGGAGCUGCUUCCAGUGCAGGCAGCUGGAGACCCACCAGGGGCCAAGAGCCACGUGCUGGGGGCAGCCUGCCACCCAGCCCUUGGACAUUCUGUCCCUGGGAAUUGGGACAUUCCCCGAGAGCCACUCCACUCAUGCUUUCAUCAAUGAGCUUGUAUCAUCGGGGUCUGAAUAAACACCUUU